CUCCAGCACCAGAGCCGGGUGCGCGUAGCAGCGCGGUCCGCAGCGCGGUCCGCAGCGCGGUCCCUGGGAGGCGGGAUGAUGAAGAAACACAUCCGAUACCGGGCACUGGAGAAGGUAAAGGUGAGGCCAAGAAGCCUGGUGCAGAUCUGCUUGCAGAGAGUGGCUGAGAACUUCCUCCACUAUGACAACCUCUACUUAAAGCUGGGACGGAAGCAGCUGGAGGAUGUUUACGCCAUGCUGGACUUAGAUAUGCCCUUGCCAGAGGCCGCUCUCAGGAUCAGCGACGAGAACUACUGGAAAAGGCGAACGCAGGCAAAGCAUCCAAAUGCACAGGUUGAAAAGCAUGGGAUGUCGUGGAAGCAGACCUACUUGGAGCUGGAGUUGCAGCAGGCGCUCGAAGCGGUCCCGAUCACCGUAGAGUACGGGAACCCCGAGUUGGAAGCGCUGAAACAGCAAGUCAUGGCUUCAAGGUUGUACAUUUACCAGCUGCACAUCACGCAGUUCCCAUCGCACUUGGACCUGAGCUUCAUUUUUGAUGCUUUGCCGGCCUUGUGUACCUUCUCCAUCACCUAUGGCAACAAACGGCUUGGCAUGGACUAUGAGCGAGCCAUGUUUGGCAUGAAGAUCUCAGAUGCCCAAUACUUGGCCCGUGACAUCCGCGUGUCGCAGACCCUGGUGUCGCUGUCCCUGCCGUGCAACAUGAUCGAUGACGAGCUGGUCAAGGUGCUCAUGGGAGGCUUGUCCUAUGGCCACAUGUUGACGCAUCUAGACCUCAGUCACAACAAGAUUGGUGACCGGGGAGCUCGUCGAUUAGCAUCCCUGCUGGAUCCAGACUAUUGCUUGCAGGCCUUUGACCUCAGCGACAAUCAGAUCCAUGCCAAUGGUUGCAUGCACUUAGGCGCCCACCUGGCUGAGAACAUCACUUGCCAGGUUCUGAAUUUGAGGCUCAAUCGUUGUGAGGACAAUGGUGUCUCACACUUGUUCCAGGAUAUGUGCGUGAACAAGCACCUGCAGACCCUGAACAUUGCAUGCAACGAUUUGACCGUGAGAUGUUUGCCCUACCUCAACGCCAUGCUGGCAGAGAACAUCACACUCGUGGAGCUUGACAUCAGCGCUAACCCGCUGCACCAGGAAGAGGAGGAAGCUCAAGCUCAAGCUCAAACCCAAGGAGGCGCCGUUGCCUCCACCACUGAGCCCAUUCCACCACCUCCAGAGGAUCCCCCACCACCCGAUGCAGAAGAGGACUUGCUUGCAGGUCUACAGGUGAGCUCGGGCCAGCUGGCGGUCUUCGCGCGCUGCGUGAUGCGGAGCCCAGCUUUGCUUCGCGUGGACCUGCGGAGUUGUGGGCUGCCCCCGGAGCUGGCGGAGCGCGUGGGGACGGCUGUGAAGCACCGGGAGCUAGUGGCAAAGGGCAUCCCAGUGGAGGCCUAUGAGAGGGCCAAGCAGGCCGCGGAGGCUGAAGAGGCCGCAGCAGAGGAAGAGAUGGCUCAAGACGAGGAGGAAGAAGGUGAAGAGAAGGUGGAAGAAAAGGAGCCUGAAGAGAAGCCGGAAGAGACGCCGGUGGAAAAGCCAGAGGGCGAGGAGGAGAAGAAAGAAGGGGAAGGCUCCUGAGAGGCCAAAACUGGACGAGGGCGCUUUCCAAGAACCGAGAUGCUCGGGAAAGAACUGACCAGAUGUAGC